AAACAUUACACUGACCAACGCUUGACUUGUACAGGUGACUCAAGCACAUCAUCAUCCACAUCCUCCACCCCCUGGGGAGCCUCAAGUGAAAGUACAUCCUCCACCCCCUGGGGAGCUUCCAGUGAGAGUACAUCCUCCACCCCCUGGGGAGCAUCAAGUGAGAGCACAUCCUCCACUCCCUGGGGAGCCUCAGGUAAGAGCACAUCCUCCACCCCCUGGGAAGGUUCCAGUGAGAGUACAUCCUCCACCCCCUGGGGAGCAUCAAGUGAGAGCACAUCCUCCACCCAAUGGGGAGGUUCCAGUGAGAGUACAUCCUCCAUCCCCUGGGGAGCAUCAAGUGAGAGCACAUCCUCCACCCAAUGGGGAGGUUCCAGUGAGAGUACAUCCUCCACCCCCUGGGGAGCAUCAAGUGAGAGCACAUCCUCCACCCAAUGGGGAGGUUCCAGUGAGAGUACAUCCUCCACCCCCUGGGGAGCAUCAAGUGAGAGCACAUCCUCCACCCAAUGGGGAGGUUCCAGUGAGAGUACAUCCUCCACCCCCUGGGGAGGUUCCAGUGGGAGCACAUCCUCCAUCCCCUGGGGAGGUUCCAGUGAGAGCACAUCCUCCAGCCCCUGGAGAGGUUCCAGCGAGAGUACAUCUUCCACCCCGCAGGGAGGUUCCAGCGAGAGUACAUCCUCCACCCCCAAGGGAGGUUCCAGUGAGAGUACAUCCUCCACCCCCCCGGGGGGGGCAUCAAGUGAGAGCACAUCCUCCACCCAAUGGGAAGGUUCCAUUGAGAGUACAUCCUCCACCCCCUGGGGAGGUUCCAGUGAGAGCACAUCCUCCAUCUCCUGGGGAGGUUCCAGUGAGAGUACAUCCUCCACCCCCUGGGGAGCAUCAAGUGAGAGCACAUCCUCCACCCCCUGGGGAGGUUCCAGUGGGAGCACAUCCUCCACCCCCUGGGGAGGUUCCAGUGAGAGCACAUCCUCCACCCCCUGGGGAGGUUCCAGUGAGAGUACAUCCUCCACCCCCUGGGGAGGUUCCAGUGGGAGCACAUCCUCCACCCCCUGGGGAGGUUCCAGUGAGAGUACAUCCUCCACCCCCAAGGGAGGUUCCAGUGAGAGCACAUCCUCCAGCCCCUGGGGAGGUUCCAGCGAGAGUACAUCCUCCACCCCCAAGGGAGGUUCCAGUGAGAGUACAUCCUCCACACCCUGGGGAGCAUCAAGUGAGAGCACAUCCUCCACCCCCUGGGGAGAUUCCAGUGAGAGCACAUCCUCCACCCCCUGGGGAGGUUCCAGUGAGAGUACAUCCUCCACACCCUGGGGAGCAUCAAGUGAGAGCACAUCCUCCACCCCCUGGGGAGGUUCCAGUGAGAGCACAUCCUCCACCCCCUGGGGAGGUUCCAGUGAGAGUACAUCCUCCACCCCUUGGGGAGCAUCAAGUGAGAGGACAUCUUCCACCCCCUGGGGAGGUGCUACAAGCAGCGCUGCAACAUUCAGCACACCAAUAGACAGCACCACAUCCACAACAGACUCCACAUCCACAACACACUCCACAUCCACAAUAGACAGCACCACAUCCACAACAGACACCACACCCACAACAGACUCCACAUCCACAACACACUCCACAUCCACAAUAGGCAGCUCCACAUCCACAACAGACUCCACAUCUACAAUAGGCAGCUCCACAUCCACAACAGACUCCACAUCCACAAUAGGCAGCUCCACAUCCACAACAGACUCCACAUCCACAACAGGAAGCUCCACAUCCACAACAGGCAGCUCCACAUCCACAACAGACUUCACAUCCACAACAGACAGUUCCACAUCAACAACAGACUCCACAUCCACAACGGACUCCACAUCCACAACAGGCAGCUCUACAUCCACAACAGACUCCACAUCCACAACAGACUCCAUAUCCAUAACAGGCAGCUCCACAUCAACAACAGACUCCACAUCCACAACAGGUAGCCCCACAUCCACAACAGACUCCACAUCCAUAACAGGCAGCUCCACAUCAACAAGAGACUCCACAUCCACAACAGGUAGCCCCACAUCCACAACAGACUCCACAUCCAUAACAGGCAGCUCCACAUCAACAACAGACUCCACAUCCACAGCAGGUAGCCCCACAUCCACAACAGACUCCACAUCCACAACAGACUCCACAUCCAUAACAGGCAGCUCCACAUCAACAAUAGACUCCACAUCCACAACAGACUCCACAUCCAUAACAGGCAGCUCCACAUCAACAACAGACUCCACAUCCACAACAGACUCCACAUCCAUAACAGGCAGCUCCACAUCAACAAGAGACUCCACAUCCACAACAGACUCCACAUCCAUAACAGGCAGCUCCACAUCAACAACAGACUCCACAUCCACAACAGACUCCACAUCCAUAACAGGCAGCUCCACAUCAACAAUAGACUCCACAUCCACAACAGACUCCACAUCCACAACAGGCAGCUCCACAUCAACAACAGACUCCACAUCCAUAACAGGCAGCUCCACAUCAACAACAGACUCCACAUCCACAACAGGUAGCUCCACAUCCACAACAGACUCCACAUCCACAACAGGCAGCUCCACAUCCACAACAGGCAGUUACUCAUCCACAACAGACUCCAAAUCCACAACAGGAAGCUCCACAUCAACAAUAGACUCCACAUCCACAACAGGCAGUUCCACAUCCACAACAGACUCCACAUCCACAACAGACUCCACAUCCACAACAGACAGCUCCACAUCCACAACAGGCAGCUCCUCAUCCACAACAGACUCCACAUCCACAACAGGUGGCUCCACAUCCGCAAUAGACUUCACAUCCACAACAGGCAGCCCCUCAUCCACAACAGACUCCACAUCCACAACAGGCAGCUCCACAUCCACAACAGACUCCAUAUCCACAACAGGCAGCUCCACAUCCACAACAGAUUCAACAUCCACAACAGAUUCCACAUCUACAACAGAUUCCACAUCCACAACAGGCAGCUCUACAUCCACGUCAGAUUCAACAUCCACAAUAGACUUCACAUCCACAACAGGCGGCCCUACAUCCACAACAGACUCCACAUCCACAACGGGCAGCUCCACAUCCACAACAGGUAGCUCCACAUCCACAACAGACUCCACACCCACAACAGGCAGCACCACAUCCACAACAGACUCCACAUCCACAACAAGCAGCACCACAUACAAAACAGACUCCACAUCCACAACAGGCAGCUCUACAUACACAACAGACUCCACAUCCACAACAGGCAGUAUCAUAUCCACAACAGUCAGCACCACAUCCACACCAGUCAGCACCACAUCCACGACAGGCGGCACCACAUCCACAACAGUCAGCACCACAUCCACACCAGUCAGCACCACAUCCACAACAGGCGGCACCACAUCCACAACAGUCAGCACCACAUCCACAACAGGCGGCACCACGUCCACAACAGUCAGCACCACAUCGACAACAGACUCCACAUCCAUACCAGUCAGCACCACAUCCACAACAGGCAGCACCACAUCUACAACAGACUCCACAUCCACAACAGGCAGCUCUACAUCCACAACAGACUCCACAUCCACAACAGACUCCACAUCCACAACAGGCAGCACCACAUCUACAACAGACUCCACAUCCACAACAGGCAGCACCACAUCCACAACAGACUCCACAUCCACAACAGGCAGCACCACAUCCACAACAGUCAGCACCGCAUCCACAACAGGUAGCACCACAUCCACAACAGACUCCACAUCCACAACGGAACCCACAUCCACAACAGUCAGCACCACAUCCACAACAGACUCCACAUCCACAACAGGCAGCACCACAUCCACAACAGACUCCACAUCCUCAACGGAACCCACAUCCACAACAGUCAGCACCACAUCCACAUCAGGCAGCGUCACAUCUACAACAGACUUCACAUCCACAACAGUUAGCACCACAUCCACGACGGAACCCACAUCCACAACAGGCAGCACCACAUCCACAACGGACUCCACAUCCAAAACAGGCAGCACCACAUCCACACCAGUCAGCACCACAUCCACAACAGACUCCACAUCCACAAUAGUCAGCACCACAUCCACACCAGUCAGCACCACAUCCACAACAGGCAGCUCCAUAUCCACACCAGUAAGCACCACAUACACAACAGGCAGCACCACAGCCACAACAGGCAGCUUCAUAUCCACAUCAAUCAGCACCACAUCCACACCAGUCAGAACCACAUCCACAACAGACUCCACAUCCACAACAGUCAGCACCACAUCCACACCAGUCAGCACCACAUCCACACCAGUCAGCACCACAUCCACAACAGGCAGCUCCACAUCCACACCAGUAAGCACCACAUCCACAACAGGCAGCUCCACAUCCACACCAGGCAGCACCACAUCCACAACAGGUAGCUCCACAUCCACACCAGGCAGCACCACAUCCACAACAGGCAGCACCACAUCCACAACAGGCAGCACCACAUCCUUUACAGACUCCACAUCCACAACAGGCGGUACCACAUCCACAACAGGCAGCACCACAUCCACAACAGGCAGCACCACAUCCACGACUGAACCCACAUCCACAACAGUCAGCACUACAUCCACAACAGACUCCACAUCCACAACUGUCAGCACCACAUCCAUACCAAGCAGCACCACAUCCACAACAGGCAGCACCACAUUCUUAACAGACUCCACAUCCACAACAGGCGGUACCACAUCCACAACAGGCAGCACCGCAUCCACAACAGGCAGCACCACAUCCACGACUGAACCCACAUCCACAACAGUCAGCACUACAUCCACAACAGACUCCGCAUCCACAACAGUCAGCACCACAUCCAUACCAAGCAGCACCACAUCCACAAUAGGCAGCACCACAUCCACAACAGACUCCACAUCCACAUCAGGCAGCACCACAUCCACAACAGACUCCACAUCCACAACAGGCAGCACCACAUCCACAACAGACUCCACAUCCAAAACAGGUAGCACGACAUCCACAACAGACUCCACAUCCACAACAAGCAGCACGACAUCCACAACAGACUCCACAUCCACAACAGGCAGCACCACAUCCACGACGGAACCCACAUCCACACCAAGCAGCACCACAUCCACAACAGGCAGCACCACAUCCACAACAGACUCCACAUCCACAACAGGCAGCACCACAUCCACACCAAGCAGCACCACAUCCACAACAGUCUCCACAUCCACAACAGGCAGCACCACAUACACAACAGGCAGCUCCACAUCCACAACAGACUCCACAUCCACACUAGGCAGCACAUCCAUAACAGACUCCACAUCUAUGGCAACAGAAAGCACCACAACGGGCAGCACCACAACAGGAAGCACAACAGAAACCACAGAUGACAUGAUGGGGACCAAUAGAAAGAGGAGGAGCCUGGAGGAAAUGGAAACAACGAGACAGAGAUCAAUGCCUAACCUAAGACAAGGCAGAGAAGACACGAGAGCCUGGAUGAGCAGAGAACCGAAGAUGAGGAGGGAAAGAAACGAAGAGAGUGGAGUAAAUGGAGAUGAAGAGAGAAGAGAAAAGAAUCCGCUGGGGAGAGGCGUCAAUCCACAAGGUGUCAAGAAACUUCAAGAGAGACAUGAGAAUAGAACAUCAUCCAGGGAAAAGAGGAACGCGAUAUGGUCCUUCCUUUUUGGAGACGAAGAGGAGGAAGAGGAUGAAGAAGAGGAGAUGGAAGUGGUAACAUCAGGCAACAGAGCCAUACCUUUCCCCGCCUCGCCCAAAUCAGAGGCGGUUGAUUAUAAGACAUUUAUAAAGGCGAGUCUAUUCCCUGUCUAUUUUUUUGUCUUCUGCACGAGUAAUUCAAUAACAUAUACUGUCGACAUUCCACAAGUGUUCUUAACAGUGCACUUAUAACAGCACAUUUAGACCAGG